GCCUUUAAUUUAAACAAUAUUAAUAAAGUGAGAAUGAAUAAGAAGGAAGAGGAGGAGAAGCCCAUCAAAUACGGCGACGUUUUCAACGUCUCCGGCGAGCUAGCCGCCAAACCCAUAGCGCCGCAAGACGCCGCCACGGUGGAGGCGGCGGAGAAGAGCGUACUCGGGUGGAUCCCCAAGAGCGGGAUGGCCGCCGUCAUGAAAUCCGCGGCGGACCACAACGAGCACCACGGCCUAGUCCGCCACGACGACAUCACCGACGCCGUUAAGGACAGCGGAACCGAAAUCGCAGAGACCACCGUCGUCGGCCACCGCCUCAUAUCCGAAUCCAUCGGCGGACAACUUUUGGGGCGAUUUGCUAUGGAUGAAUAG